ACUCAUUAUUUGCCAUUUGUCUAGAUCGUGCAUUGCACAGAGUACCUACAUUGAAUAUACGGGUGCAUUGCUUUGUGUCGUGCAUGAGAGGGAGAAGUGAGAACGAAAUAAUUCAUAUUUUCAUUAUUUUGUACUUGAGAGAAUUUCGCACAUUGUUUUAUUUAGAUGAGAAGUGUUAUUGAAGUUUGUUUGAGGAGUAAGCGUGAAUUUUAAAUCUAUAUUAUAACGAAUUAAAAAACUAAUGUUUAUUUAGGGUUGUGUUAAAUUUCGAAGAAAAAGAAUGAAGUUAAUAACACAUAACAUGCUUACUUCGAAAUGUUUAAAAGGUGUAGUUACUGGGUAUCCACUUGCUAUAAAUGCAACUAAUAUUAAAAUAACAGAAGUCGAUUUCAAUCCUGAAUUUAUUUCUCGCAUUAUACCUAAACUAGAUUGGGAAGUUCUGUGGAGAGCAGCCGACAGUAUUGGACACAGUGAUGGCCUUCCUCAAACAGUUGAACCAAAGUUUGAAGAAAAUAGUGAAUUCUUAAAAAAGGUUCACAAAGUUUUACUUGAAAUAGAAAUAGAAGAAGGGAAUUUAGUUUGUCCAGAAUCAGGCAGAAAAUUUCCAAUAUCAAAAGGGAUACCAAAUAUGUUACUUACUGAAGCUGAAGUGCAAUAAAUAUGAUUUAAGUUAAA